GCGCGUUUUAUGAAUGCAUAGUCCGCAACGCCAGUUGCCAUCUUAUGCCAGCGUAUUGACCGCCUGUGUAAGGGACGGAACCCAGAAUGGCUAGGGUUCCGAGGUGAAUUCAAAACCGCGAGGUCCCCUCGUCACUGCUCGAUCAGUCAUUCCCCCUCACCUCCUCACUCUCUUGAUAACAAGCUUCCGAGUCGUGCCGAACGCACUUGUCUGACUUGCGCGACAUUCCAGCCGUCCGGUACCACAUACAACUCGUAAUUGCUAGUUAUUUGCUGAGCUUAUCCGCUCCUACCUCGACUCCUUAUUACACCUCGUCAACACACCACCUCUACACAUCACAUCAUGUCUGGCCCACGUCUUCUCAACACACAAGGCCCUCGCCUUCUCGGCAACGCGGGCCCUCGCCUUCUCAAGACCGAAGGCCCCCGUCUCCUCCGCACCGCUGAGGGUCCUCGCUUGCUCAAGACCCAGUAUCGCAGUGUCCAUACUGAGGGUCCCCGCCUUCUCCGUACUCAAGGACCACGCCUUCUCAAGACCGAGGGUCCCCGUCUCCUCAGGACACAAGGAUCUCGUCUGCUUAAGACCCAGACCCGCAGCCUGCACGUGACCGGAGCUACCAGCUCCUCGUCGCUCCUCACAUCAGACAAGCCUACCUUCGGCUCGUUAAGCCCCAAGCUACCCUCGUCCGAGGCCGCAGCAUGGAAGCACGAGACCGGCAAUGCCAUGCGUCACUUCAACACAAGUCGAAGCUUGAAGGCUGUCAACGACUCCUCCACCAUCGACUUCAUGUUUGUGCCAGAAUUUGAUCCGGACACGCAGACCGUACCCACCAAGAUCAAUGUACCCAUCAUCCUGUCGACUGCUACAUCUUCAGCUACCCAGGCUGCCGCUGCUGAGGCUGAACAGCCGGUACUUCUGCCCACUGCUUAAAAUGAGAGCUAGUAGGUCAUGCAACCGACCAUCUACACUGCGGCCGCCAAUAGUACGCACAUCCACGCCCCCUCGGCGAUGUCGGACAUGACAGAGGGCAAUCACAUUGACUUUCAGGGUAUUGCUGCGAAGGUUGUGGAUAAUCUGCAGAAGCCUGUCGAGGAGGUCGAGGGUAUGGCAAAGCAGAUCUGGAAGGGGUUCAUUGAGGAUAUCUUCGGCGACUCCAAGCGUGGUAGUGCCUCAAAGGCUUAGGCAGCUGUUGUGGUCGAUGAAACGGGGCAAGUGAGGUAGUGUACGCUUACGCUGGCUGAGCAUGUGGUGCACACAUGGUGUUUUCUUUAGCUUAACGGUUGGACAAUUAGGUCCGGGACAGCUUGAAGUGCUCAAGCUCAUGAGACAUGAACAAUAUCAUUUUAAUACUUCUCUCAGAUCCAUAGCCCAGAAUCCUUCACAUUUUCUU